AUGGCUGCAACCAUGGCGACUUCAUCAACUGUUGUUGGCUUGGGUACUUCCUCUCUUUCUUCCCCUUCGAGGGUCUCUCCUUCAAAGAAACUGAACCUCAGUUCAGGAUUUCUAAAAUCUCAAGUAACUGCCCCGAAUCCUCUGAGGCUAGCACAAGCUUCCGGAGGAAAGUUCACAUGCUUUGAAAGAGACUGGCUGCGAAGAGACCUGAACGUGAUCGGAUUUGGACUGAUAGGAUGGCUUGCUCCAUCCAGCGUUCCAAUUAUCGGUGGCAAAAGUUUGACAGGGCUUUUCUUUGAGAGCAUUGGAACUGAACUCGCCCACUUCCCCACUCCUCCUGCCCUCACUUCACAAUUCUGGUUGUGGUUGGUCUGCUGGCACUUUGGCCUGUUCGUCACCCUUACUUUUGGGCAAAUUGGCUUCAAGGGAAGGUCUGAUAAUUACUUUUAA